GAUUUCUGAUUAGUAACACUUCGGUUGAUUAGCAAUAAUAAUAAUUUUUUAGCUGCAAUCUUUCAUAAACCUGCAAAGCACAGAUACAACACCGACACGGGUAAUAAUUUGAAAAUAUAAAUAAGUUGAACCUAAUCACAACGGACAAGGACACACUUUUGGGCUCUUUAUAAGAAGAAACUUGUUUUAUAUUGGUGCUUAGAUGACUAAGGUCCAGUUUGGAUUUGCUUAUAGUUCAUGAGAGAAGCUAAGUUAAAAAUAAGUUUAUAGGUCUUCAUUUACCAAGAAAAGUCCAUAUAAACUUGUAGGUGCUUGUGGAGAAGUUAGAUGGGAAAGCUUUUAAAAAAUUUAGAUGAAGAAGCUAGUUUUAACUCAUAUGAGAAGCUAUUUUUGAAAAAACUUGAAGUUAUUCUUUGCGAUGGAAUGAUUUUCAAUCAUGACCCUCCAACAUGUGCCGACUGCUGGGACUGUGGAGGGCCAAAACGUUGUGGGAUGGAGUGCAGCGCACUUGUGUCAAACAACAUUGGAGGUUAUCAUGUAUGUUCAGCCAUAGGACAUGGCCCAACAUUUGACAUUGAUGUUAUUGAUAAGAAAAGUCCCCACACUGGUAUUAUUGUGAAAAUGUCAAGCGGCAGCCUCAAGUACAACUGUUCUCUGGCUGUGUCUGUGCUUUGUAAUCUAAAUGGAGUACAGGGACCUCAAACCCUGGAGAGAUCGGGGGAUUGUAAUUAUGCUACAGAGCUAAAGCAUCCAUCUGGUUGUGCUAUGAUUGUAAAUGUCCACGGGAGUGGAUGGGGGUGGUUUGGCACUUUACUUAUUAUUCUUCUGUGCCUUUUUGCUGCGUACCUACUGGCUGGUAUAGUUUAUCGAUAUUUCGUCCUCAAGAUUCGCGGUAUAGAAGUCAUCCCUAACUUGGACUUCUGGAUCAGCUUGCCUAAGAGAAUACAGAGCCAAUGCUCAUCUUUGGUUAGAAAGUUUAAGGGGCCGUCCGAAGGUCACCGGAGCUCCUAUUCUGCUGUAAACUUCUGAGAUGCACGUGGUGAGUUAAUUAUCGAUUAUCUCAGACAAUAGACAGGCAUGCUGCAGAAAACUAAAACUCAGAUGCUCUACUGGUCAUCUCUGAUGCUUCUUUGAUACAGAACCUUCUGCAGAAAUUUGUAAUUCCUGUCUAUUCUCCUUCCAUGAAUUUAGUAUUUCACAUUCUUUAUUUAUCUCUGAAAGAAAAUGAGGAGGACGAGAAGAGAAAGAAAAAUAUAAAACAAGAAAGUGUAGUAUGAUUCUCAUGGGAAAAAUUGCAUUAUACUGGAGUUAAUCCAAUAAUUUUGGUUGACAUUUGUUAGCUGAUAAUCAGGUAGUAGAGUUAAGGGAACUUAUUUUCUUGUAACAUGUGUGUUACCUUGACUUUUGUUUUGUUUUAAAUCUUGGUAUUCGGCCUUGUGACCGACUAAUCCAACGGGUACCUUGACCAUUAAUUCAUUAUUGUUUUCUA